CCCAAGCGAGAUCGCGCGGGAGCUUUCGAAAUAUCGCGAGAACGGGCGAGGCCGCGCAUUGCGGAACUGGAGUUCCGCGGCCGAGGUGGGCGAGGGCGCCAUGUUCCUCACGGCCCGCCUCCUCCGCAACCGCAUCCCGGGCCGGCAGUGGAUCGGGAAGCACCGGCGGCCGCGUCCCGUGUCGUUCCAGGCGAAGCAGAACAUGAUCCGGCGCCUGGAGACGGAGGCCGAGAACCACUACUGGCUGAGCAUGCCCUACCUGACGGCGGAGCAGGAGUACGGCCACGCGGCCACCCGCAGGGCCGCGGCCUUCGAGGCCAUCAAGGCGGCCAGCACGGCCAAGUUCCCCCCGCACCGGUUCGUCGGGGACCAACUCCAGCAUCUCGACGUCGCCAAGAAGUGGUCCUAG